UGCAAUCUUAUCUACUUAUCUUUAUUAUUGUUCUUAAUAUCUUUGCUUUUGAGGCCAAUCACAUCUCUGAGUCAGUCUCAGCCAGGUACUUGUUUGUGCCUUAUUCCCUCUGAUUCUGGAACAAGUUCCCGUUCUUUCUUAUCUUUCUCCACUGUUUUAUUUUCUCCCUGAUCUUCCUCUACCUUAAUUUCAGUCCUAUUUGUUCUUCUGACAGAUACUCUUUUACCUUCACCAGCUCAUUCUUCUUCUAUCUUCUUCUGCUAUAUAUGCUCAACCUUUAAAGGGUAUUUCUCUCUCUCUCUCUCAACUAGUUUGAGUUUCAUUGUACUUUGAUAUCACUGCAGAAGUACAUGAGACUCUUAAAAGAGGGUAUGCUUUAAAGACCAGAAUCAGAAGCUGAUUAAAGGAGAGAACCUUUCCAAGACAUGGCUAUGUUUGAUCUCAAUGUUGACAUCAACCACUGUGAUGCUGAUGCUGACUCAAGCUGUGAUCAAAAGGGAUUGGUGCUGCAAAGUUUCCCACCUGAAAUCUCAGAUUCCAGGACCUCCAGCUCCUCUGUGUGGAACCCUGUAGAGGAAGAUUCCUCAAACAAUUCCUCUCCCUUGAUUUUUGACAUACUCAAGAAAGAGAGGGAUGAGUCAGAGUUUGAUGCAGCCACUGAAAGGGUCAAUAAGGAGCAAAACAUGGCACCACAAGAGGCAGAGAUAGUGGCAAGGACACUUUUCCCUGUGACUGCUGCUGUUGAUAAAGGAGUUAGAGUGCCUGAUUUCAAAUUGGGGCUGUGGGGGAAGACUGAAUGCUUGAACUUGUCCUUACCAGAGCCUGAUGGACAAAAUGGACUCAGAACCUUACAGCAGAAGGUACCUCCUGUGAGGAAAAAUAGGAGAGGACCAAGGUCUCGCAGCUCGCAGUACCGGGGUGUCACCUUCUACCGCAGGACUGGUAGAUGGGAGUCACAUAUUUGGGAUUGUGGGAAGCAGGUUUAUUUGGGUGGAUUUGACACUGCUCAAGCUGCUGCAAGAGCAUAUGAUAGGGCUGCUAUAAAGUUUCGUGGAGUAGAUGCUGAUAUAAACUUUAGUUUGAGUGAUUAUGAGGAGGAUUUGAAGCAGAUGAGAAAUUUGAGUAAGGAAGAGUUUGUGCUCUUACUUCGUCGACAAAUAAAUGGAAUCUCUAGGAGAAGUUCAACAUACAGAGGUGCAUUAGCCCUUCGCAAAGAUGCUCAAGGAGAACCACGAAUGGGACCAUUUGUUGGCAUGACAUGUUAUCCUAAGCCAUCCAUCAAUUGUGAUGAUGGAAAAGCGGAGGCAAGUUUUAAGCCCUGUUCCUAUAAGGGAGAAAUAAUUGUGAAUUCCAACAUGACAGGCACUUGCCAUAAUCUUGAUUUGAGCCUAGGAAUUUCUCCGUCUUCUAAAAGAUUGAAGAAUAAUGACUAUAGUGGAGGGUAUUCCUUUGGAUGUAUGACUUGUAAGAUACCCGAGGAAAGAGGACCAAUGGAGAAGGUCAUGGUGGACAGAAUAAAAAAUGUUCCUUUGCAAAAAAUUUCCAACUUGGCUUGGCAACUUUGCAGCAAUGGCAGCAUUGUCCCAAGGCCAUUCCAACCAAAUGCAGCAUCAUCAGGAUUCGUCUCUUCUUCUAGCUGUCUCAUCACCCGCACUUCCAAUCAGCACACAUAUUAAUUAUGCCAACAAUUUGGCAUUAAUUGGCUCAACCACAGUACUACUACUAGUUGAAACCACCAGAAACAAAGCAUAUUUACCCUGCUUUUUUGAAGAUUAGAUGAGCAAGAGUACUUCAUAACCACAUGUACCUAUAGUAUAAGAUUCUAUUGAUUUCAUCAAGCAUGAUGGUAUUUAAUAAUAUUGCUAAGCAUUGCUUACAAUGGCUACCCGAUAUUUUCUGUAUUCAUUAUCGUGAUGUAGAACACAAUAUUGCCUUGUGUAAAAGACCCUUGUUGAAGUAUGUAUAUAUUUGUUGGUUCUUGUUAAUCAUUA